UUGGUUUGGACACGUCCCCAAGCCACGUCGCGCUUUACUCGCCAUUUUGACAUCCUGUGAACCUAAAAUCGUUCUGUUCUGCAGUCACGGUGUCAUUCAGCACCGCUAGAUUGUUAAUUAAUUGUUAGCCGCAAAGAACUGAGUUCUUUGUUGAGUCUGAAAUCGGUUUGCUGCUCCUGGCGCUCCCCCAAACAUGAACAUUUUCAGGCUAACCGGCGAUCUGUCCCACCUAGCAGCCAUCAUCAUCCUGCUGCUAAAAAUAUGGAAAAGCAGGUCCUGUGCCGGUAUUUCUGGGAAGAGUCAGGUCCUGUUUGCCUUGGUCUUCACAACUCGCUACCUGGACUUGCUCACGUCCUUCAUAUCUCUCUACAAUACCACCAUGAAGAUCAUCUACAUCGGAUGUGCGUACGCCACCGUGUACCUGAUCUACAUGAAGUUUAAGGCGACUUAUGAUGGGAACCACGACACGUUCAGAGUGGAGUUUCUCGUUGUACCUGUCGGCGGCCUGGCGUUCCUGGUUAAUCAUGAUUUCUCUCCUCUGGAGAUUCUCUGGACUUUUUCAAUCUACUUGGAGUCAGUGGCCAUUUUGCCCCAGCUCUUUAUGAUCAGCAAGACAGGGGAGGCUGAGACCAUCACCACCCACUACCUGUUCUUCCUGGGACUCUACAGAGCUCUCUACCUCAUCAACUGGAUAUGGAGGUUCUACUUUGAGGGAUUCUUUGACAUGAUUGCCAUCGUUGCUGGAGUGGUGCAGACCAUCCUUUACUGCGAUUUCUUCUAUUUGUAUGUAACAAAAGUACUGAAAGGAAAGAAGCUGAGUCUGCCUGCUUAAGUGCCAAAGAGGAGUGUUUUGGCAGACUCAAACCAGGGGAUCGGAGGGGAGGAGGAGCGGCAGCAGACACCUCUGACAGCCCUCCACCACCAAACCUCCACCUCCCCCCCCCUCCUCUUCCCCUCCCAUCAGCGUAAGAUGCCUGAGACAGAGAGCGAGCAGGAGCCAAAUCGGAACACCUGCAGAGGCCGGUUCCACGGUCUUAGGAUUUCUGUUUGAUGCAUCUUGCCUUAAUUUUUUUAUUACUCUGUAUAAAGGAAGACAAAAAGCGAGAGAGGUUUUCUACAUAAAAUGUGUGCUCUGAAGAUUCGACACAUUGGUGAAUAAGAUCUGAAGAUGUAAAAUUGCCUAUGAUUUGGCAUUGUAUGAUACUGAAGCAGACUUUUUGUGGUGGGAUAUUACUGAGCGUUUGUAAUAGUAUUUGCAAUCAAAAUAAAUGUGCAUUCUUUUUCCUUGACUGAAUCUGGGGAGGAAUUUGUUGAAUCCUCCAUAAAGUUGAUGGGCAAACCGUUCAUUUUUUGCUCUUGUGUUUUGACCAGUAUGCAUUCCCAUUUGAAAAGGCUAUCUGAACUUUUCCAUGCCCUUUGGUAGAAUAUAAGUCUAAUAUAGGUGCCAUAAUUUAACUUUUUUAUUUUUUUCAAGCAGGUCUGUCUCUUCUGAGUUCUAUUUUUGUUCAAAUGCCAUCAACAUUGAUGAAUAUGGGUUGCAUCAGUGUAUUUUAACUUAACCUUAUUAAACAAAAUGCUUAUUAAGAAUAAAACCAGAAUGAAAGCAAAGGGUUUAAAGGAAACCAGUCAACUCUUCUCACUGUAAAUACAUUUGAAUACACCAGUCAUUACCCAGCAAGUGUCACCUGUAAUUACACAUUAUCGCCCAACCUGUUCAUUUCAGAUGGCUUCUUUUUAAGUGUUUGAGAUGCAUAAACACACUGGUAAUGUGCUGUAUGUGAAGGCUCACUACAGGUUUUCUUUCUUUAGGUGCAGAUGUAUUUAUUUUUUAUUUUCUUGCUGGUUUCCAAUAAACAGAGUCCAUAGAAUUGUC